AUGUGUAGCUAAAGGCUCUGCUCUGCUGUUGUCUCUGUUCCUUCCUGUCUCUCUGCAGGGUCAGGGAAGUCCUUCUCCAUGAUGGGGAAUAAGAAGGCUCCAGGGCUGAUCCCCAGGCUGUGCUGCUCCCUGUUUGAGAGGAUCGGCCGGGAGGACAGCCAGGGUCUCUCCUUCAAGGUGGAGGUCUCCUACAUGGAGAUAUACAACGAGAAGGUCCGUGACCUGCUGGACCCUAAAGGGAGUCGUCAGUCUCUGAAGGUCAGAGAGCACAAGGUUCUGGGUCCGUAUGUGGACGGUCUGUCACAACUGGCGGUCACCAACUUUGAGGACAUUGAGGUGUUGAUGUCGGAGGGGAAUAAGUCGAGGACGGUGGCGGCCACCAAUAUGAAUGAGGAGAGCAGUCGUUCCCACGCCGUUUUCAGCAUCAUCGUCACACAGACACUCUACGACCUGAAGUCUGGGAACUCAGGGGAGAAGGUGAGCAAGAUGAGCCUGGUGGAUCUGGCUGGUAGUGAGCGUGUAUCUAAAACUGGAGCUGCAGGGGAGAGGCUGAAGGAGGGCAGCAACAUCAACAGGUCUCUUACCACACUGGGCUGUGUGAUCUCUGCGCUGGCGGACCAGUCUGCAGGGAAAGGGGGGAAGAAUAAGUUUGUUCCUUACAGAGACUCUGUCCUCACCUGGCUUCUCAAGGACAACCUGGGUGGCAACAGUAAGACGUGUAUGAUCGCCACGGUGAGCCCAGCAGCUGAUAACUACGAGGAGACGUUGUCCACGCUGCGUUACGCAGACCGCGCCAAGAGGAUCGUCAACCACGCCGUGGUCAAUGAAGACCCCAACGCACGCAUCAUCAGAGAGCUCCGGGAGGAAGUGGAGAAACUCAGAGUACAGCUCUCUCAGGCUGAGUCUCUAAAGGCUCCAGAGCUGAAGGAGAGGCUUCAGGAGUCAGAGAAGCUGAUCCAGGAGAUGACCGUUACCUGGGAGCAGAAACUACGCAACACAGAGGAGAUUGCUACGGAGCGUCAGCAGCAGCUAGAGAGUAUGGGGAUCUCCCUGGAGACGUCUGGGAUCAAAGUUGGAGAUGACAAGUGUUUCCUGGUCAACCUGAAUGCAGACCCCGCCCUCAAUGAGCUGCUGGUCUACUACCUAAAGGAACACACGCGUGUGGGUGCAGACACCUCUCAGGACAUCCAGCUCUUUGGGAUUGGUAUCCAGUCAGAACACUGUGUGUUGGAGAUCAGCCCAGACGGGGGGGAGGUCACCCUCACCCCUAUAGAGAAUGCCAGAACCUGUGUGAAUGGAACCAUGACUGAGUCCUUGGUCCACCUGUGGCAUGGAGACCGCAUAUUGUGGGGCAACAACCACUUCUUCAGGAUAAACCUGCCUGGGCGGAAGCGGCGUGAGCGUCUGAAGGAGCUGGAGAGGGCGUCCCCCAGGGAGAGCUAUGUAGAGGCAGACGUAGAGACAGGCAGCGAGGCCUCCUCAGAACAGGACUACAGCUAUGAGUUCGCCCAGACGGAGGUCAUGAUGAAGACCCUGGGAAACAACGAUCCCAUGCAGAACGUGGUCCAGGUUUUAGAGAAGCAGUACCUGGAGGAGAAACGCACAGCGCUGGAGGAACAGAGGAUGAUGUAUGAGAGAGAGCUGGAGUCACUACGGCAACAGCUGUCUCCUGAGAGGACCAAUCAGCAUCAGCGAUCCAGCAGCGACCGCCUCACCUUCCCCACACACACACCAUCACACCACAGCAAGAUACGCCCCUGGACUGAGGAGAGGGACGAGCUGUUUCGUCAGAGUCUGUCCAGGCUGAGGGAGCAGGUUGUCAAGGCCAACACCCUGGUGAGAGAGGCCAACUUCCUGGCAAAGGAGAUGAACAAACUGACUGACUACCAGGUCACCCUCCAGAUCCCUGCAGCUAACCUCAGUGCCAACCGCAAGCGUGGAGCCAUAGUGAGUGAACCAGCCAUCCUGGUGAGGUGGAAAGGGAAGGGGACACAGGUCUGGACCAUCGACAAGCUGGACAACAAACUAGUGGACAUGAGAGACCACUACAGAGACUGGAAGGAGGGAGCUGAGGACACGCACACCAAGCUGAACAACCACAAGCAGCACAGUGAGUCCUUCUAUGAAGCUCAGGAGAACCACAACCUGAUAGGAGUGGCCAACGUCUUUCUGGAGUGUCUGUUCCAUGAUAUCAGACUACAGUACGCAGUUCCUAUCAUCAGCCAGCAGGGGGAGGUAGCCGGCAGGCUCCACGUAGAGCUGACCCGUGUCAGCGGGGCGGUGCCGGAGCAGCUGGAGGGGGGAGAUGACUCGUCAGAGAACUCCAGUGAGAGCAGCAUCUACGAUGUGAUGGACACUCAGGGAGAGAUGGUCCACAUGGCCAGGAAACUCACCUGCAGGGUGCGUAUCAGGGAGGCCACGGGGCUGCCUCUCAACCUGUCCAACUUCGUCUUCUGCCAGUACACCUUCUGGGAGGGGGCGGAGCCUACGGUGGCCCCGCCCAUGGUCAGCCCAGACACGCCAACCACGCCCCGCACCCCCGACGCCCAGUUCACCGUCCGCUUCGACCACUGCAAGGAGUGUGUGGUCCAUGUGACAGAGGAGUUUUUAGAGUUCAUCGCAGACGGGGCGCUGGCCAUCGAGGUGUGGGGUCACCGCUGUGCCGGGAACGGACGCUCUCUCUGGGAGCUGGACGCCCUGCUGGCCAAGACACGCACCCUACGAGACAGGUGGAGUGAGGUGUCUCGUCGUAUUGAGCUGUGGGUUUCUAUCCAGGAGCUGAAUGAGCAGGGGGACUACUCUGAUGUAGAGAUGCAUCCUGGGAAGGACAUCGGUACUGGAGGAGUGUUCCAGCUCAGACAGGGUCACUCACGCAGGCUGCAGGUGUGUGUGAAGCAGGUGCAGGACUCUGGGACUCUGCCUCUGCUGGUGGAGUCUGUUCUGUCUGUCUCUAUCGGCUGUGUGUCAGCACGCUCCACCAAGCUACAGAGAGCCCUGGACAGCUACCAGAGGGAGGAGGAGGAUGGAGAUAUGGAUAGUUAUCAGGAGGAGGACCUGAACUGUGUGAGGGACCGCUGGUCUGAGGCCCUCAUCAAACGACGAGAGUAUCUGGACGAGCAGAUCAACAAGAUCAUCAACAAACAGGAGAAGUCAGAAGAGGACAUGGAGAGGGAGGCCAGGCUGGUGGAACAGUGGGUAGGGCUGACCGAGGAAAGGAACGCUGUACUGGUGCCCGCGCCUGGCAGUGGCGUACCUGGUGCCCCUGCCCACUGGGCCCCCUCUGCUGGGAUGGAAGCUCACUUCCCUGUCCUCUUCCUGGACCUGAAUGCAGACGACCUGACAGUGAAUCAACAGUUAACGGGACCCAGCGCUGCCGGGGUUAACUCUAUCCUGCCCAAGGAGCACGGCAGACCGUUUUUCUACCUGCCAAUCAUCAGACACAGUGAUGACGAGGUGUCAGCGCUGUGCUCCUGGGACUCAUCCAUCCACGACUCUGUGCACCUGAACCGCGUGACGUCACCCAACGAGCGUAUCUACGUGAUCAUUAAAGCCACGGUGCAGCUCAGCCAUCCUGUCUCCAUGGAACUGGUGCUGCGCAAGAGGAUCUCUGUCAACAUCUACAACAAACAGAGCUUCACCCAGAGUCUGAAGAGAAGGAUGUCCUUGAAGAACACACUGUACUCCUGUGGAGUCACCUAUGAGAUUCUGUCAAAUAUACCAAAGGCCUCUGAGGAGCCUGAGGAGAGAGAGACUCUGGCCCUGAUGGCAGCGAGGGGAGACGGUGAGGAGAGUCAGGGUGGACAGACCUACAUAGAGCAAUACACCAGAGGACUUCUGGAGGUGGAGAAUAUACUGAGCCUGGAGAGACUCAGACAGGCGGUGACGGUGAAGGAAGCUCUGUCUGUUAAAGGGAGAAACAUCAGAAGGAGCUUCAGUACCCCCAACGUACAGCAUACUUCCUGCAGCAAAACAGACCUGAUUGGCUGGGAGGAUGUAGACUGGAAGGACCAUUGUGACCUUCAUCAGGAUGUCUCUGACUGCACUCCCCAGGACGGUGGUUCUCUGUGUGGGACGCCACUCAGAAACAAGACAGAGAAUCAUGGUCUGGUACCAGAGAGCCCCACCUUCUUCAACUCCAGCCCGUUCAAGGCCCUCUCUCCCCAGACGCCCAAGUUCCUCAAGUCUCUGCUGUCGGUCAGAGAGGAGAGCAAGACCAAGAGAGUCCUGGAGGCACGACCACUACUGGGACAGGAGAGCAUGCGCUCCUCAUGUGUGGACAGCUCUGUGCUGCUCCCCCCUCCCUGCCACGGCCAAGCCCCCUGGCGCAGGCCCAGAGCAGGCAGCGAGGGCCACCGCAACCCCUCCACCGCCACCCUCACCCCCUCCACCCUCACCCUCAGUACCUGCACCAGCAGGAAGCUCAGCCUCACACUGCCACACACCGCUGACUCUGAGGAGGAGACAGACAUGGCCCUGAGUUUGGGUCUGGGCCCUCAGGACUUCCACAGCUUCCAGUCCUACAUCCCAGAGGACUUUGCCAACUUUGAGGUGUACAACGCUGCCCUGGAGAGCCAGGAGGGGGGGCGGGGGCAGGGGAGAGCUGAGGGGGGUCGGGGAGGUGGUGGAGGGGGAAAGAGAGGGGGCUCCCGGAGCCCCACCGCCAGCAGCUGCACCAGCGGUUACUUCUCCCACAGUGCCUCAGACGCCACGCUCUCUGACGUGCCAUUCGGGGCCAGCGACAGCUCCGACCAGCUCAGCGCCUCCGCAGUGGCUCAAGACAAAAAUGACCCUGACCGGGAAACCCACAACCUCCACCCCCACGAGUCCCCCUCCUUCCACUGCACCAGCACGGCCCGAGGCUGUGUCCAGACCAGAAGUGUCUCGCCGUGGGGUGACACCCAGACCCCUGCAUGUCCCCCCGGCAUCCCCUCCCAGCCCCUCCCCACCACCUCCCCCUCCUCCCCUGUCUGUAUUCCUAACUGCUCAGAGCAGCCACCCUCCCCCUCCUCCCCUGUCAGUAUUCCUAACUGCUCAGAGCAGCCACCCUCCCCCUCCUCCCCUGUCAGUAUUCCUAACUGCUCAGAGCAGCCACCCUCCCCCUCCUCCCCUGUCAGUAUUCCUAACUGCUCAGAGCAGCCACCCUCCCCCUCCUCCCCUGUCAGUAUUCCUAACUGCUCAGAGCAGCCACCCUCCCCGCGGCCCCGCAGGUGUGUCCUCAGCAUCAGCCAGGAGUUUACAGACUUCAAGGGGGCCGACGACGGCAUGGAGGAUCUGGGUGAGCUGGGACACUUCCAGUCUGGGGAUGCACCACACAUAUCCCCUGUCCCAGCGGAGGAGGAGAAAGGGGGCUCUGGCAGCAGGCACCAGACCUCUGACAAAGACCUGGUCGUCAUCAACACACAACAACAACAACAUAAAUCUCACCCCGAUAACUCCCGGCUUCCUCAGCCCCACUCACACCUCCACAACGGCAAACAGUGUAUCGGCAGCGCAGCCGUGCCCUGCCCACCACCCUCCAGCCCGCCAGGCCAGCUAGCAGGAGGAGAGCCCCAGAUCCAGGAGCCAAUCCAGGGAGACCUACCUCCAGGGAGCCCCUGUCCCAGCCCAAGCUGCCCGAGCCCCAACCCCAGCAGCACUGAGGCCUCUGGGGACUCCUGCAGCGGGGACGAGGGCCCUGGUUCUCCGGUGGCCCAGCUGCCUGACUGGAUGGCCCCCGGGGAGCAGGUAUGGGUGGGGAAGAGGGGCGGCACGGUGCACUACGUCGGAGGGGUGGAGUUCGCCAAGGGGAUCUGGGUCGGGGUGCAGCUGGACCUGGCUGUGGGCAAGCACAACGGGACAGUCCAGGGGAGGGUUUACUUCCGCUGUCCUCCAGGCCACGGGGUGUUCGUCAAGCCCUCCUGUCUCACUAGAGGACCCCCCUCCAUGGACACCACAGACCCCCAGCCUCUGGUCCGAUAAAAUUCCCUAAACUCCCCAAAUUCCCAGUCUUUCCAGGAAUCCCGGUUGGAAUGUUCCCAGAAUCAGGAGGGAAUAAGAAGGAACAGAAUCCUCAAACCAGCAUUUCUGGAAAACCUGGGAAUUUGGGGAAAGGAACGUUCCACCCAGGACUAUCAUCUAAAGGGGGUACCCAGAUCCAGAGCCGUUCCUACUAGACCAGGCCCAGAUCCAGAACAGUUCCUACUAGACCAGGGCCAGAUCCUGAACAGUUCCUACUAGACCAGGGCCAGAUCCAGAACAGUUCCUACUAGACCAGGGCCAGAUCCAGAACAGUUCCUACUAGACCAGGCCCAGAUCCAGAACAGUUCCUAGUAGACCAGGGCCAGAUCCUGAACAGUUCCUACUAGACCAGGGCCAGAUCCAGAACAGUUCCUACUAGACCAGGGCCAGAUCCAGAACAGUUCCUACUAGACCAGGGCCAGAUCCUGAACAGUUCCUACUAGACCAGGGCCAGAUCCAGAACAGUUCCUACUAGACCAGGGCCAGAUCCAGAACAGUUCCUACUAGACCAUGGCCAGAUCCAGAACAAUUCCUACUAGACCAUGGCCAGAUCCAGAACAGUUCCUACUAGACCAGGGCCAGAUCCAGAACAGUUCCUACUAGACCAGGGCCAGAUCCAGAACAGUUCCUACUAGACCAGGGCCAGAUCCUGAACAGUUCCUACUAGACCAGGGCCAGAUCCAGAACAGUUCCUACUAGACCAUGGCCAGAUCCAGAACAGUUCCUACUAGACCAGGGCCAGAUCCAGAACAGUUCCUACUAUACCAGGGCCAGAUCCAGAACAGUUCCUACUAGACCAGGGCCAGAUCCAGAACAGUUCCUACUAGACCAGGGCCAGAUCCAGAACAGUUCCCACUAGACCAGGGCCAGAUCCAGAACAGUUCCUACUAGACCAGGGCCAGAUCCAGAGCCGUUCCUACUAGACCAGGGCCAGAUCCAGAACAGUUCCUACUAGACCAGGGCCAGAUCCAGAACGGUUCCUACUAGACCAGAGGUAGCUGUCAGCGCUCAACAGCUGAGCCCCAAAACCAGCUGUUCUUCUCUCAUUCUCACCCUCCCUCUGUUCCACUAGAUUUCCGAUCAUGUGUCCUGUCUGUCGGUAUGAACGUCUGCUUCCCCUUUAACAUACCUGUCCCAUGCGUUUUAUGAAGGCAAAUCAUCGUUCAAUAUCCUUGUUCACUGAAAGUCAAACGCACACGUCCACCGUUUCUGCUGUGUUAUUUUAGCUAGAGAGCGUGUCGGUGGAUAGACAUGACCCAGGCCUGUUUAUCUGACGGUAGUGUCAUUGAAUCAGCUCAGCAGCUCAUAUUCCUGUUCAAACACCAGGUCUUCCCGGAGAGGUGACAGAGAGUUGUCAUCUGGGGUGUGUGGAUCCAGAAUGGACUCGUGUUGAUGACUCACUGAUAUCCGGAUCGGUUAUCCAAGUCACUGUGAUAUGUCGUCAGGGGUCACCAAAGAACUAAGGUUUCAUAUCUGCUGUUUUAACUGGUGUGUGUGUGUGUGUGUGUGUGUGUGUGUGUGUGUGUGUGUGUGUGUGUGUGUGUGUGUGUGUGUGUGUGUGUGUGUGUGUGUGUGUGUGUGUGUGUGUGUGUGUGUGUGUGUGUGUGUGUGUGUGUGUGUGU